AUGGCUCCUACCACACCCCUGAACCCUACCGACCUUUCCUCCCCGCUCCAAAAGCGCAGAACAUCCGAAUCCUACCGCCCACAGCUGCCCUCGUCCGACUUCCGCAGAAUAAAUGUCGGCGACGUUACCAACCCGCAUUACAACAGCGAUCCACCACCCAGCGGGCAUCCGCAGCCCGCCGACGCAGCAGCAGUCCUCAACGAGCUUCUGAGCCAGCUCAUCCUCCGAUCCGGCAAGCGUGUCCUUCUGGUCCGACGUUCAUCGGGCGCCUUUACCGCUACAACGGUGGCUGUCCCGGAACCCCAAGCGCGGACGCGCAAGGCAAAGGGCGCCUCGGGAGGAACCAUAGACGGCAGCGCGCCCGUCAUCCCGCCCUAA